AUGGCAUUCAGGGCAAAGGCACGAGGGUGGCUGGCAGGGCGCUGGCUGUCCCUGAGCUGGGCACGCGCACUGGGCACCAGAGCCGCUCCGGCCGCCAAGGCGGUGCUGCCCUUCGAAGCCAUACCCCAGUGUCCCGGCAACAAGUGGAUGAGGGUGCUGCAGAUCUGGAAGGAGCAGGGCGCUGAGAACUUCCACCUGGAGAUGCACCGGACCUUCCAGGAGCUGGGGCCCAUUUUCAGGUAUGACGUGGGAGGGACGCACAUGGUGCACGUGAUGCUGCCCGAGGACGUGGAGAGGCUGCAGCGAGUGGAGAGCCCUCAGCCCUGGCGGCCGCCCCUGGACCCCUGGCUGGCCUACCGACAGCAUCGUGGGCACAGAUGUGGCGUGUUCUUGCUAAAUGGGCCUGAAUGGCGCUCGAACCGACUGAAGCUCAACCCAGACGUGCUGUCGCCGCAGGCCGUGCAGAAGUACAUCCCCAUGGUGGACGGGGUGGCGAGGGAUUUCUCAAGGGCACUGAAGUCGAGAGUGCUGCAGAAUGCCCGGGGGAGUCUGACCCUGGACAUCCAGACAAGCAUCUUCUACUACACCAUAGAAGCAAGCAAUUUAGCCCUUUUUGGAGAGCGGCUGGGCCUCCUCGGCCAUAGCCCCAGUCCUGCCAGCCUGAACUUUAUCCGGGCUCUGGAGGCCAUGUUGAAGUCCACCGCACAGCUCAUGUUCAUGCCCAGGGGCCUAUCACGCUGGACAAGCACCAAGGUGUGGAAGGAGCACUUCGAGUCCUGGGACUACAUCUUCCAGUAUGCCAACAAUGCUAUCCAGAAGAUCUACCAGGAGCUGGCCCUCGGCCGCCCGCAGCACUAUAGCGGCAUCGUGGGGGAGCUGCUGAUGCACGCAGACAUGACCCUGGAGUCAGUCAGGGCCAACUCCAUCGAUCUCACCGCCGGGAGCGUGGACACGACGGCCUACCCCUUGUUGAUGACUCUCUUCGAGCUGGCUCGGAACCCUGACGUGCAGCAGGCCCUACGCCAGGAGAGCCUGGUGGCCGAGGCCAGGAUCGCUGAGAAUCCCCAAAGGGCAACCACAGAGCUGCCCCUGCUGCGGGCGGCCCUCAAGGAGACCUUGAGGCUGUACCCCGUGGGUAUCUCAGUGGACCGACAGGUGGGCUCGGACGUGGUGCUGCAGGACUACCACAUCCCGGCAGGGACCUUGGUCAAGGUGCAGCUCUACUCCCUGGGUCGAAACCCCUCUGUGUUCCCGAGGCCCGAGCGCUAUCAUCCCCAGCGCUGGCUGGACAACAGGAGCUCUGGCACCAGGUCCCCCAACCUGGCCUUCGGCUUUGGCCUGCGCCAGUGCCUGGGGCGGCGCCUGGCAGAGACAGAGAUGCUGCUUCUGCUGCACCACGUGCUGAACAACUUCCUGGUGGAGACCCUAACACACGAGGAUGUAAAGAUGAUCUACCAGUUCAUACUGAUACCCUCCACCCUCCCCCUCCUCACCUUCCGGGCCAUCAGCUAG